AUUAUAGCGCCAGUAUUUUUGCAGAGAACCACGAUUGAAGGUGAAGCGCAUUUGUGCCAGUGGCCAAAGUAAAUCUUACAUCCAGAGAGUGCAACUUCUCCCUCACCUCCGAAAACUUUUUCCUCUUCUCUGCCCACUCUCGCUCACUCAUGUUUGGAAGCUUGUAAGCCUCAAAUUUGUGUGGUUGGUAUGCGACAGCUAACAGCGGCAGCGCGAUCUCAUUCCCAGCAAGUACCUCAUAUGGGUGAAGUGCUCUCUUUGAUGUUGUAAUCAGCCCCCAGAGACUGUGUUUCCAAGGACCUUCACUCUCCAAUCCCUCUACAUCUACCAUCAACAUGGGGGAGGUGGUCCAGAUGCACUUCACCACAGUUGACUAUGUCAUCUUUGUCUUACUGCUGGUUUCCUCAACUGGGAUUGGCCUUUUUUAUGCUUUCUCUGGGGGGCGCCAGCGCACAACACAGGAGUUUCUGAUGGCUGACCGCUCUAUGAGCUGCCUACCUGUGUCUCUGUCCCUACUGGCAACUUUCCAGUCAGCUGUGGCCAUCCUCGGUGCUCCAUCUGAAGUGUACACAUAUGGAACACAAUACUGGUUCCUGGGCUGCUCCUACUUCUUGGGUCUGCUCAUCCCAGCUCAUGUGUUCAUACCAAUAUUCUAUAGGCUGCGCCUGUCUAGUGCCUAUGAGUAUCUGGAGCUACGUUUCAACAAGACAGUUCGCAUAUGUGGGACGGUGACCUUCAUCUUUCAGAUGGUUAUUUAUAUGGGAGUAGUCCUGUAUGCUCCAGCACUGGCUCUUAAUGCAGUGACUGGAUUUGACCUGUGGGGGGCAGUACUGGCAAUGGGAUUGGUGUGCACUCUGUAUACUGCUCUGGGGGGUCUGAAGGCAGUGAUCUGGACAGAUGUGUUCCAGACAGUGGUGAUGUUUGCAGGUCAGUUGGCUGUCAUUGUGGUGGGAGCCAGUCAAGCAGGAGGUAUAACAGAGGUCUGGAAGAAAGCCAUCAAUGGCAGCCGCAUUGCUGGACUAGACUUGAACCCUGACCCUCUGGAGCGCCACACCUUCUGGACACUGGGAGUCGGGGGAAUCUUCCUGAUGUUAGCACUUUACGGUGUCAACCAGGCCCAGGUCCAAAGAUACCUGAGUUCCAGAACUGAGAAAGAAGCUGUCAUGUCCUGCUAUGUAGUUUUCCCAUGCCAGCAGAUUGUCCUGUGUUUAGGCUGUAUGAUGGGUCUGGUCAUGUUUGCUCGCUAUGGAGAGGACAGCCCUCUGGACAAGGGUUACGUCAAAACUAAUGACCAGAUGGUGUUGUACUUUGUUAUGGAUGUGUUCAGGGGGCUGCCAGGUCUCCCAGGCCUUUUUGUGGCAUGUCUCUUCAGUGGAGCACUCAGUACCAUCUCAUCUGCUUUCAACUCCUUAGCAACCGUAACUAUGGAGGACCUGAUUAAACCUCAUUUUCCAAAUAUGACUGAAGCAAAUGCCACACUUCUGUCCAAAGGACUUGCUUUGGUCUAUGGUCUGGUGUGUCUAGCUAUGGCCUACAUUGCCUCCAUAAUGGGAUCUGUGCUGCAGGCAGCAUUCAGUAUCUUUGGGAUGGUGGGUGGUCCCCUGCUGGGACUUUUCUGCCUGGGAAUUUUCUUCCCCUGGGCAAACUCCAUUGGUGCAGUGGUUGGGUUGGUAUCUGGCCUCGCCAUGGCCUUCUGGAUUGGCAUUGGCAACUUUGUGAUGCGUAUGUCUGGUCCCACAGCUGUACCCCCAUUCAACACCACUGCCCUGCCACUGUUUGAUAACAUCACUACUACUGUCCUGACUUCCUUGGUCCACAACACCACAACCAAUCCAAGGCCAGCAGGUGUGGAGGCACUCUACUCAUUGUCGUACAUGUGGUACAGUGCUCACAACUCCACCACUGUUGUGGUGGUGGGACUGCUGGUGAGCCUACUGACAGGACCUAUGAAGGAGAAGGAGCUGGUUCCAGGCACAGUUUACCCACUCCUAGGCACACUACUUUUCUUUCUGCCCGAGCGCUACAGAGAGAAGCUUUGCUGUGUCACUCCUUUGCCUCAGAAGCAGCCCAAAGAAACCAACACACAGCCUUAUCAAAUGGCCACAAAAGAUGGCAACGGAGCAGCUUACUGCAGAGACGACAUGGACACAGAAGAUAAAGAAGCAGAGAGCGACAGAGCCAAGACAGUGGAUGAAGACUUGGAGACACGGUUUUCUGUUCCCUCAUGCCAGCUGACAACUCACAUGGUUCAGGAGACAGCCUUGUAACCCUUUUUUCUUCCACUUAUUAAACGCACAAUAUGCUGACACUUUCACCCAAGCUGUUGUACUAUUCAGUCCUUUGGUGGGAAGUGCAACAAAAGAGAUCAUAAAAGGUAUUAAGGAGAAGCUCCUGAAGAUCACAGUAUCUGAUGAAUUCGAUUUAAGUGUAGGUUUAUGUUUCGCAGUGUGUGUGCACCGAAACAAUGUUUUCAUGGGAACAUGCUCACAAUUUAUUCUCAAAGCUGACAAGUAACUAACAACAGUCAAACAGAAUCAGGUAGAUGUGACAUGUUAUUUUUAUACAAAAGAUGGAACUAUUAAUUCACAUAUUAUGUAUGUAAGAGAGUAAUAUAAAUAGAGCAAAAUAUAUCUGAGAGACUGAAUUUUAACUGAGGUCAUGUGCUACUGUGAUAGUGUAGUGUCUUUACGUGGCCUUUGUUCAGUACUGAUAGCUGCUUACAGGCAGUAGAUCUCUAAAUAUGAGUCCAUAAAAGUAAAGCUGUGUGUUCAGAUGUUUGCAGAGUGUUCAUCUCGUGGGGACAAUUAAAUGAAAUCUGUCAGUACCCUGUUUCAACAUACAGUUCAUGAACAGAAAACAGCCAUGAUCCAUCAUGUGUUAGUUUUAACUACCGUAUAUACAAUGGGCUUAGAUCUUUCACUGGGAUGUUGAAGACAAGUCUGUAUAUUAAAAUACUUAAAAUGUUGGACACUUUCUCUAAUGCUUGCAUUUAAUCAUGGUUGAAAGUAAACAUGUGCAUGCAGGCAGUGUUUUAAGACGGAGGUGUCCUUUGAGAGGGUUAAGCCUUUUGAAAGGCGUAAUAAAAUGGGUAGAAUCUAUCAGUUUAGUAAUAGAACAUGUGUGCAGUGCACACUUGAACCUAUUCAAUUACAUCACCUUUUGUUAUUUUGAAUUAACUACAUAAAUGUAGUUCUAAAUUGUGUUCAGUCUCGGUAAACCUGUCCUAAACUGUUCUGUCAAGAUGUAUAGAUCACUUCCAUGAAGUUAUAAGUGCCUCAAUGGCUGAGUGUUCUUUUGAUGAGCUGGAAUGAAUAUGAUACUUCAUUCUGAAAGGCAUGAUUAGUUUCAUGUGUUCUAAGCACAAGUCCCUCUGUUCCCAUCUGAAUACAGCUUUGCCCUUAUCACACAGAGAAGCCAUCUUGGACCUUAGACAAGUACAUAAAGAUAACAUAGUCAUCUGCGGUAAUUUUGUUUUCCUCUAUGUGCCCAUCUCUCUCUUUUUUCAUGCUAUCAGUGCCAAUAUGUAAUUGACAUGAGCAAUCUGUUGUCUGAAUAUUUUGAACUUCAUCAUUGUUGUCGUGACACUUUGGAACCCGAGAAUUCUUGACCAUCAUUAUUUCAGCAUUUCAAGUCAUCUAUUCAUUAUGUGAGACAAAUUGCUGUUGUUGUGUCUUCACUGUUUUCCUCACAGUUCCGUCUGUGCUCUUGCUAAUGGACUCCGCGGCUAUGGUUUGUCACGUGACUUCCUGUUUGCUUAGGGUGUAAUGGCCAAACCAGUUGCUGACUUGCUUCAGAAGACUCCUCUACAACUUAUGGAGUGUUCACAUGAAGCCUUUUACAACAAAUGUUUACCUACAUCUUGUUUCAGUAGUCCAUAUCCGUGUGUGUUGGCACAAGCAGAUAAUGGUGCUGUCUCAGUUGCCUUGCAAAGUAAUGCCCUUCUGAGUUAGUUUGCUGAAAUUCAAGUACAAACCAGACAAUCAUGGUGGCACAACUGGGGAAAAAAGUAGCUCUGCAUGUUCCACGUAUUAGAAAAGGAUUAUUUGGAGAACUUUGGAGACUGAAUCCCGUGUUUGCUGGAAUGUUGAGCCUUUUUAAAAACCUGUAAGCAGCAGUCCAUUACAAGAACCAGCAUGCUUUCUACCACCCUGACACUCAAAUACCUCGAUUUAUCCAAAGCAUAUAGAUUUCUUUCAGAUUUUUAUUUUUAUUUUACUUUUUACCCAACAUAUUUAAGGUCAUAUUUUUAUAUGUUUGUAAUUUCACUUUAAGCCUGAACACAUUUCAUGAAGUGACAUGUGUCAUUCUAUAUGCAAGAGCCAUAAAAAGUUUGUUCUUGUGAAUGUCGGGCAGAACUGGGAUGUAGCAGUCCACUAACAUUAUCACUUUUGAACAGAGUUGGCCAUUUGAUUAUCAACCCUAACCCUGUUUUCCAGAUCACUACCACCCUUUGCUGUAGGCAGCAUUUCACAAAAGUGCUACAUCUGAAAUUCUGUCAAAAUCACAACUAUUCAAACAUUUAAUGGUUUCAACCCAUACUGAACUACUUUUAAAUGACAUGUUACUGUGUGUGCCCAAUGACUGUGUUGAAUCCUUCUCCAUCAUACCUGAAAUUACUUGAUGUGCGUGCCUAUAGUGUACUGAUGCAUACAACAAACCCCUUUACAAUGUGAGCCAACAUUAGAACUCAUACGCUGUACUAUUAACUUUAGUUCUGCUAACUAUAUCAUCUUGAAACCCAGGCUGGGUAGUGAAAUGUGACAAAAAUGGACACUAACACACUUAGUAAAGCACAACCUGGUCAGGUCUCCUGUUGAAAGAGUCUGAAGCCAAUAUGUGAUAAAAAGCAGCUCAGUGUCAACUGUGGCCAUCUUACAGUGAAACAACUUGGCAUUAAUUAAUUUCCAGCAACAAUAAAUAUUGCUUUGAGCAAUAUUUAUUUGUUCUCCCAUUUACAAGAAUUCUCCCUGUUAUGCAUUCCAAAGAGAAAAACGCCCCAUAAGCACUGAAGUCGCGAUGACUCCUCUGCUUUGGCUGUGCCUUCAUUUUGUGUUGAUGUAUUAUGAAGUAUUUUCACAUAUGUCCCAGAAUAUUGCAGCGUGAGCCCAGAGCCCUCAGCCCAGACUAUGUUGUAGGGUGGAGGAGCAUGGCAUAGGAAACUAAUGCAUGCUCCCUUUAAAUUAAUGAAAACCUAAACUGACUUAAAUCUUUUGUCAUGUUUCUACGUUUGAUGUACUUGAAUUUCACUGACAAUUAAAACUUAUGAUUACAAAUUGAA